AAAUGCAAACUCACAGUGCCAGAUACGUUUACACAGCGUAAAAUUCUCUUGGACGAAAUCCUGUCACAUCAUAAUGCAGUCGUCAAAAAUGCAGCACACAAAUUACCAUAACACAUAACAAGUUUCGGUAAAGUCUUGUCAUAUAAUCCUAAGAAAGAAAUAAAAUGGAAUCCUGCAACAUCUUCUUUCCUGAUAUUACAUGAUCUACAAAUCGAUAUAGUAAAAUACAGUAUAUUAGACGCACAUGUUUAUAUCUAUACAAACUUACGCAUUACGUCCUACGAUGGAAAAUCCAAUGAUCACCGCGACAGUGUACAUAUGAAUUACCUUGCGUCAUUCAAGUCCGUGUACCCCUCUUUCUUUUACUUUCCAGUGAAGAAAUCAAUACAGAGCAUGCUGGUGCAUACAACUUUUACACCUGGAUUCUGCAGGCCAAUACGCAUAUCCUGAUCCUAUGGACUUCCUUCUCGUCUGCACUGAUCAUCCAGUGUUGUUGAUCCACUUUUUCGUAUACCUUUGUAACACCUUGUCCGAACGCUGCAGUACACUGGUCAGAAUUAAGGUUUCACCAGAACCCUAGUGCAGUGGUGUUAAACGAGAUCUCUUUCGUCGUUUUAACAAUUUAGCCGAACCUUUGACAAAGAGGGAUACCAAAGCCUUGCAACUUUGCCUGCGUUAUUUUUGCCUUUUAUUUUGCUGAGACCUCAAUCGAGCUUUAUUCACAAGGAUCUGUUGUAAUUUAUCUGUCUAUAAUUUGUUGUAAUUAAAAGCACUCUCCUGCAUACUUUCAAUGAACGGACACCAACGAAGUUCCUUUGACAAUGACUAUGAAGAAGAUUUCAAUCAGUUGGAUGAGUUUCCCGAUGACCUGGACGACGAUGAAGUCCUCGUUAGUCAAACCAAUAUUUUCCAGAAACAAUCACCGCAGAAGAUACCUGUUUACGAAAGGCAGCUACCAACACCUCAGGUUAUUUACGGUUCCCGACGACCAAAUCAAAACCGACUCAGUGCCGGAACAAAAAGUUCGAUUAGAAACGUUGGACUCAGUACUAAGGAUCGAAGUCGACAGUUUGUUGGAGAGAGUUACGGCAUGCGAAAACCUACCACAAAAUUAUCUUCUGUGAAAGCCAGUUCAAAAAAUGAUUUCGCGAGGCAGACCACUAUCAAGGAUCACAUGGCAGAGCGAGUUCUUUCAGCAAAAGCCCGCAGAGUACACGAUCUUGAGAAUGAGCGCAAUUUACUUCGAAUCCAAGCGGACACGCUAAAACAGGAAGUGAAAACACUAAACUUAAUGCUUCGUCGCCAAGGACGCGCUCUUGGGCAAUAUGAAAAUAAGGAUGAAAAAUUUCCCACUUUAUUACAACAAGCCGAAGAGGAAGUACGAAUAACAAGAGAACACCUGCGCAACUCCAAGCAAAAAUAUGCGCAGUUACGGGAACAAUACCGUCAACUGGAAAAUUACUCCCAAUCCACAGAAAAAGACCGAGAUCGGUUGGCGGCAAUCGUUCGUGACAAACAAUUGCUAGAUAGCAAAGCGAUAAAACAAGAUCGUGACAAUUUAUCCAAGCAACUGGAAGCGUCUGAACAUCAGCUAAAGGAUGCAGAUCGCCGAAUCGCAAAUCUGCAAAGAAAGCACGCUCAGGAACGUCAGUUCUUUGAUCUGCGCUUUAAAGAGCUCCUGUGCCGACAAGAAGGUUUGGAAGCCGAGAAUUUUGUGAUAAAACACCGGUUAGUUCAACUUGGUCAGGCUGUACCGGAUAAUGUAUCUGAACCGAGAAAGCGCCAAGACAGUCGUUCACGGAGUCAUGAUGCCCAAAGGUCACGCACCACAAAUCACCAACAGCGUUCGUCAUCUCGCGACGACAGCAUAGAGGUCGAAGAAAACAAGCUCCAGAACUUAGAAACCAGAAUUUAUCGCAACGCUAAACCAUCCUUCUUAAAAGAAUUUAGAUACGCAACCGGAACGAUCCCAGAGAAUCCGCUAAGCGGCCAUGAAAGCCCUGCGUCCAUCGAACUAGCCAGCAGCACUCAUGCAGGCUCCAGCGAACAACGACAAUCUGACAAUAACAGUCAAGGAAGUUCAGCGCCAAUUAUCCGAAAAACUCGUAUGUCGCCGGAUUUGCUGAAAGACCAUAAUGAUCGCGCACGGGCAAGAGAGUUGGAUCAAUCACCCAGCGUCCCGAAUUCCAGUGAGUCCUUGCGUGAUUUGCACGGUUUAGCGCCUAGCGGCAUUAAAGAUGCAAAGCCGCUUCCAGACAUUCGUGUCGCCAAAGACGCCCCGGAAGAAAUUCCGCACAAAAAGCUAAUCCAGGAUUUUAAAUCACCGGAAAAUGUCGUCACCCGGUCGGGAAAUUCAAGUGAACUGCAAUCAACAGAUAAUGAAUUAACCCAAACAAAGGAUGAAAAAGUAAUGUUGAAAAAUGAUCUGUUGGAAAAAAUUCGGCAGCUGGAUUUGGCCAAACGGGAUCUAUCAGCCGGUGACAGUGUGAGAAAAGAAAAAGAUUCCGAAAAGCAAUCAAAAACAGCGGACAGCAGCAGCCUUCCUCGAGGGCGAAACGGAGUGGUAAAUGAUGCUUUAUUGAUUGACGAAUUAUCGCAUGGGGACGCACCGUUUUCCUCGACACCCUAUAAAUCGGAUAAAUUGAGUUAUAAUACGCCUUAUAUGUCCAGUCGCCAGCGCGCUCUGGAUAUGGAUGACGAUAUAGAGGAAAUCGAGUUUUUCUAACGGCUGCGCAAGGAAUACGCCAUUGCCAAGCGAGUGCUUUCUUUCUGAUAUCAAAAUUUUUAUUGAAAAUGACGUAGUCCAGCUGGAAGCCGUGCUUUGGGUUUGCUCCGACAUCCACCUUGUGUGUCCGCCCAUGUAUUUAUUUACAAGAGACAUUUGAACGAUCCUGCGCGGCUUCGCUGUGCUUACUGCCGGCGAAAUGCAAGAUGGCUAUAGUGAUUUGAGUUUUAGAUUCUGCUGAUUCAGAGUCAUAAUUAUUAUAGUAUAUUAUAAAUUAAAGGUUUGCUUUUGCCUUAUGUGUAUGCUGGUUCUGCAGCUGCAGCUAGAGCUCUUGCUGAUACCGUUUGGCUUUAACAUAAUAUAUGAAAACUAUAAUUUUGAUGUUUCAUGAGCGUUUGUAGUUGAGUAUAUUGUCAUAUUAUCAAAUGCAUGC